CAGCCGCAGCCGCAGCAGGGACUGUAGCGGAGCGGAUGGAGCGGGAGCCGGGGGCUGCGGGGCCGGCGCGGGCGUUGGAGCCGCUGCGGCACCUCCGCGAAGUGCUGCGGCCGGCGCUGUCCCGGAUCCGAGAAGGGGAGUCGCGGGAGAGCAGCGAGACCUUCGAGCAGCAGCGCUUCUGGGACACGCUAGGUCAGACGUUCAAAGCGACAUCCCAGGAAGCUACGAAGUUGAGUCUGGCAUUCUCAAGGCCUCCGCUGCCUUCUGCAGAGGACUGUCAGAAACUGAGCGAAGGCGUCCAGAAUGCUGUCCUGGCAGCUGCCACAGUAUAUUACUGGCUUCCCAAGAGCCAAGGUACCACUCUGCGGAAGAUGGUGCGAGAUGCCACUGCCGAGGUAGUGGAAGGAAUGAUCCAGCUCACAGACGUGAUUCUCCGUACUCCACUGCAGAGUUUGUCUCAGGAGCAGCUUAUAUCAACUGGUAGUGUAUGGGAGGCAUGUGAACAGAUUUCCCAUCUGCCACAAGAUAACCAGGCAGCAGUCCUGUCAGCCAUGGCCGCCUAUCUGGGUGUGGUCAGGGAUGCGGUGGAGGAAAUGGAGCAGGCUCAGGGGGAAGAUCGGGACCCCUACAGUGACAUCAUGGAGGAUGAGGAGUUGGGCUCUCGGGGCAAUAGGGACACCUACUGGUCUGAGGCUGACCGGAAGCUACUUGGUCCCUGCAUGGGGCUGAUGAAGGCCUCCAAAGCCUGCCUGAAGAAGCUCUUGGGUGCAGUGAAGGUUCACGGCAAAGCAGACACCCCAGAACAGGUGGCUCAGCUAGAUGAUCUUGCAGACAUCACCAAUGAGAUCAGCCCGAGCGUUGAUGAGCUGGCACUGAGUAUGUAUCCACCCAUGAACCAGCUGGCUGUGCGACUCAAUGCUGCCAAACUGGCCUCUGUAUUAAAGAAAGUCCUAGAAAUUACAAAGUCAAGCCAUGUGUGUCCCCCAUCAGAGGAAGGCUGGGUUCAGUUUCUCACUGGUGCGGUAGAUCACAACAUGGACAAAAUUAAGGACUUCACACAGAGUGAACUUUAG